ACCAAACUGAUCUCAGAGAACUGCUCACUCUCUCACAUCCACCAGAACACGGGAAUGGCCUCAGCAGGACUUCCGAUCUAUCUGGAUGAAUUUAAUUGUUCCCUUUGUCUGGAUCUAACAACAGAUCCAGUGACCACUCCCUGUGGACACAAUAUCUGUAAGGGGUGUAUUAAUGUAUUUUGGGUUGACCAGAAUCAGAGGGGGAUCUACAGCUGCCCCUAUUGCAGACGAACCUUCAGCCAGAAGCCUGAUCUAAACACCAACUUAUUUUUAGCCACAAUAUUGGAGAACCUGAAGAUGAGAGAAGUCCACCAGAACACGGGAACAGCAACAGUCGAAGUUUCAGCAGAUUUGAAAGAGUUCCGCUGUAUCGUCUGUCUGGAUCUACCAACAGAUCCAGUCACCAUUUCCUGUGGACACACUCUGUGUAUGAGGUGUAUUAAUAGGUGCUGGGAUCAGGAGGAUUACAGGGGGGUCUACAGCUGCCCCCAGUGCAACCAGACUUUCAUCCCGAGGCCUUUUCUAUGUAAAAACUCAUUUAUAGCUGACAUGGUGGAGAACCUGAAGAUGACAGAAAGUUUUUUGUUCUGAGAGAAAUAUUAAAGCUAGUCGUUCUGUCGUCUAGUCACUUCAUUACUGUCAGUGGUGGAAUCAGGCUGUUUGAAUAAGAGCGGCUCCUACUAGGGCUAAGCAAUAUAUCAUAAAUAUCACAAUAUAUAUAUUUUUUAUUAUUUCUAGUUUUCUGAUCUCCCCAAUUACCCAAUCCACUCCUCAGGUCUCCUAUCCACUCCUAUGACUAGUAACCCAAUGCCUGACACAAGGAGGGUAGGGUUUAAUGGUAGGGGCAAGGGGUUAAAAGGGAUUGGGCCUAGUCACCAACUUGCCAGGUCAGCCUUUGAUCACUGUUUUCAAUUCUACUGUGUUUGUUCUGUUUUACUAAAUGUUGUAUUCUGUGUGUUAUACAGUCUCAUAUUGUAACAGUAAAGGUUAUACUAUUUCAGCUGUAGACUAAAAACAGCUGUAACUUAUUUAUUCUUUAUCAGGAAAACAGACUGUUUAUUGAUUUAUAAUUAA